GGGCUGCAGCUCAGACUCAACGCAGGCUUGUUUUUGUUCUUGUUUUUGUGCAACAGCGAUCCAUCCUCGGGAACCAUGAUGUGGAAGAUUGCUUUUGUUUGUCUUUCGGCCCUUUUCACGGUCGGGUUGACCGGCCUGCCUGGAGGCUUCACGGACGUAGAUGUGAACGACGAGGGUGUCCAGAAUGCUAUGAAAUUCGCCGUGGCCCAACGCAACAGGAAGCUGAGCGACAUGUACCUGCACCUUGGUGAGGUGGUGAAGGCGAAGGCACAGGUGGUUGCUGGCAUGAAGUACGUCAUAACGGUGAAAAUGGCACGCAGCUCCUGCAGAAAGAACUCCGCAAAUGAAGAAUGCAGGCACAGGCCUAUGGCUAUGCCUUACCAGUGCACAUUUACCGUGUGGAGUCGCCCAUGGCUGAGUGAUAUCCAGCUGCUGAAUGAGAAAUGCUAGAGGGAAAACUACUCGGGAACUGGCCUUGACAUUGUUUGCAUCAGUAAACAUUCACCCUUGAGUUCAAUAUAUUUUCCUUUUUAUAAGAACUAUAAAAGCAGAAUUGUACUCCUUUCCUCCGUGUACUACUUCAUUCUGUCUAGAAUAAACCUUUUCAAGCUUUACAAAAUGAGCUGUAGCGGUUCACUGAUUUAGAGGAGCAACACAGUAAUGCUUCAUUAUAUGAAUCACUACAUCAGUUUCAAUAAAUGAAUCAAUUAGCCUAAGUUACUGAUUUGAAACUGUUGAUUACGCAAAUAAAAUUGACACGCUUUCAAAAGUAAA